UCAGAUAAUCGCGUGAAACUCAAGACCGGUAUUAGCCUAAACCGGAGCGUACCAGAUUCCUCUCCUUCUUCCUUCUCCUCUCUCUGCUUUAAGCCUAAUUAGACAAGAUUUGGACGUUUCGUAAUCUAAAGGUGCGAAUUUUCCAUGGCGUUGCCAGCUAAAGCUUCAAGCUUGGUGUUCUAGGCUGAUUGAUCAACCAUGUUCUUAUGAUCUUACCUUCCUAAUCCCAGCUCCAGGUCGUUGAUUCAUCUCUUUCCAGCUCUUCUGGAAGGUUGCGGAUUUCUCAGGCGGGAGAUUUGAGAAUUAGGGUUUCAUGAUUCAUGAUAUCCCCAAAUUGAUUGAUUUAGGGCUGGCUCAGUAAUGGACUAAUGGCUAUCUCUAUCUGUAAUUAGCUUCUUGUUCACCUUCUCAUCGUUUAUCGUUUCGAAUCUGGAGCGAAUCUGAGUAUAUACCCAAUUCACACGCCUGUAGAUUGCUUCCACGGAUACCGCAAGUGAAAAGCAAGAGCCUUUUAUUGAUGGGUGAGGAGCUAGCUGACACAAUGAACCUGGAUCUGAAUCUAGGCCCUGGUCCCGAGUCAGAUCUCCAGCUGGUGUCAAACGAAACUGUUAAUUUAGCUGAUUGGACUAAUAAUAACCCAUCUGAGAGAUCCUCUGAAGCUGUUACGAGGAUCAGAACCCGGCAUAGGACGCGGUUCAGACAGCUUAACCUCCCCAUCCCUGUUCUCUCCGAAACCCAUGCCAUGGAUAUAGAGCUGAACCAGCUGAUGGGAAGUGGAGCUGCUUUGCAGACUGGUGAGGGUAGUGAAAGAGGCAAUGAGGAUCUGAAAAUGUGUGAGAACGGGGGAGAAGCUGUUGGGGACGGUGUAUCAGAGAAGAAAGGGGAUGUUGACAAAACUAGUGGCGGCGGUGAUGGUAACUUCUUCGAUUGUAAUAUAUGUUUGGAUUUGUCAAAGGAGCCGGUUCUCACCUGUUGUGGCCAUCUUUACUGUUGGCCUUGUCUCUUCCAAUGGCUAAACAUCUCUGACGCAAAGGAAUGUCCGGUUUGCAAAGGAGAGGUGACGGUUAAAACCGUGACACCUAUAUACGGGCGUGGGAACCAUAAACGAGAAGUUGAAGAGAGUUUAGAUACCAAGAUCCCUAUGAGACCACAUGCUAAACGCAUCGAGAGCUUGAGGAAUACGAUUCAAAGGUCUCCUUUUACUAUACCGAUGGAAGAAAUGAUUAGACGUAUACAGAGUAGGUUUGAGAGGGACUCAGCCCCUGUCCCUGAUUUUAGCAACCGGGAGGCUUCAGAAAGAGUGAACGAUCGAGCCAACUCGAUUCUUAACCGGUUGAUGACUUCUAGAGGAGUUAGAUCAGAGCAGAACCAGGCUAGUGCUGCUGCAGCAACAGCAUCAGAGGAUAUCAAUCUGAACCCGGACAUUGCUGCUCCUGAUCUUGAAGGAGAGACCACCACGAGAUUCCAUCCUCUGUUGAUCAGGAGACAGCUACAGUCACAUAGAGUCGCAAGGAUCUCGAACUUCACUUCUGCGUUGAGUUCUGCUGAGCGGCUUGUAGACGCGUAUUUUAGAACGCAUCCACUGGGGAGGAACCACAACCACCAAGAGCUGAACCAUCAUUCUCCUGUUGUGGUUGAUGAUAGAGACUCUUUCUCAAGCAUUGCAGCUGUUAUAAACUCUGAGAGUCAAGUGGAUACUGCGGUUGAGAUUGAUUCCAUGGUCACUCUUUCGACGUCUUCUUCGAGGAGAAGGAAUGAGAAUGGGUCGAGAGUUUCUGAUGUUGACAGUGCUGAUUCUCGCCCGCCUAGGAGAAGGAGAUUUACUUGAAAAACUAAAGCUUUCAGUCUGUGGAAGAUGAUGAUGAUGAAGAGGAAGAUUGUAACUGUAUUUUUCUUUUUCUUGUGUCGCUUGUUGGUUUGUUGUAUUUUGAUUUGUAAUUUUCGCAAUAGGGAUGGUAUUUUACUAUUUUUAAUCAAAGUUUUAUUAUCUU